AUGUCCGGACGCGGCAAGCAGGGCGGCAAGGCGCGCGCCAAGGCCAAGACGCGCUCGUCGCGGGCCGGGCUGCAGUUCCCCGUGGGCCGCGUGCACCGGCUGCUGCGCAAGGGCAACUACGCGGAGCGCGUGGGCGCCGGCGCGCCCGUGUACCUGGCGGCCGUGCUCGAGUACCUGACGGCCGAGAUCCUGGAGCUGGCGGGCAACGCGGCGCGCGACAACAAGAAGACGCGCAUCAUCCCGCGCCACCUGCAGCUGGCCAUCCGUAACGACGAGGAGCUCAACAAGCUGCUGGGCAAGGUCACCAUCGCGCAGGGCGGCGUGCUGCCCAACAUCCAGGCCGUGCUGCUGCCCAAGAAGACCGAGAGCCACCACAAGGCCAAGUGAGGCGCGAGGCGGGGCUCCAGGAACAACACAACGGCUCUUUUCAGAGCCACCACGUCGCGGGGAAAGCUGGCGCACGUCUAGAGGCUUCGGCCCCUUUAUUUUCAGUCACAUUCUGGGGAAAGAUGCGAUCCCCAGCCACCCUGGACCGGUCCGACCCUACUGCAAGAGCAACAGAUGGACAAAUGGCUCAGAAAGUAUCCACAGGUUCAUUGCCCCCAAAAUAAAAGACGCCUGAUUCGACUGCUUGUGAAGUUGCAGCUGUGGAAAUUACUCCCCGGGACCUCCUUAUUUGCUGCAAAUAAGUGACU